AUGCCUGACGUCCUCAUAUAUAACGUCUAUGGAAAAUUUGGGGGCAAACAAUUUGGACAGGAGAAGACAAUUACAUGGUUGUGUGUUCUGCUGGAGAUGUUCCUGGACAUCCAAUGUAUUGUGUUCCUUCUGUCCCCAGUUGUGUGUCCUACUGGAGAGUUCCGCAACGCUGCCAACACAUGUGAGUCGUGCCCUGCCGGUCGUUACCAACCCGACCAAGGAGCAACUGAAUGCACCCCGUGUCCGGCAGGACAGUACCAAGAAGUUCCCGGAUCUGUUGAGUGUAAACAAUGUCCGUCUGGCACAUACCAGGACGCCACAGGAGCCAGCGGAUGUACAGACUGCCCUGCCGGACAAUACCAGGACUCUACAGCAGCAGCCACGUGCCUUGAUUGUCCAGCUGGAACGUCCCAGGCGGUGGCAGGUGGCAUUGGAUGUGAGGCGUGUCCACUUGCGACAUACCAAGACACCCUAGGCUCACCUGGUUGUGUUAACUGUCAGGAAGGAUAUAACACAACCUCCACGGGUACCACGGCUGCUGCAGAUUGUCUGAUCGUGUGUGUCGCGGGUCAGUUCAGGACGUCGUCUACGGUGUGUGAGCAGUGCCCGGAAGGAACAUACCAGAACGAGACGGGGUCAACUCAGUGCUUGGCCUGCCCCAUUGGCACCUACCAACCCAAUACAGGAUCUGCUGAUUGUAUUGCUUGCAACACAGGCUACACAACAAAAUACACCAGGACCAUUGCGGAAUCUGACUGUCUUGUUGUCUGUACCCCCGGGGAAGUUCGCAGUGCGUCUAACGUGUGUCAGAAGUGUACUGCGGGGACCUACCAGUCGAACUCGGGGCAGGAGACGUGCACCAACUGCUCUGUCGGAACCUACCAGCCAGCCUCAGGGGCGACCUCUUGUGUCAGCUGCGACGAAGGUUAUACAACAUCGUCUACGGGGACGGGACUAGCGAACGAAUGCCUCAUCGUGUGUAAGGCUGGUCAGUAUCGGAGUGCCCGAGACACGUGCCUGGACUGUGAGUAUGGCCAGUACCAACCAGACACAGGGGCUGAAGCUUGUCUCAGCUGUCCUUCAAAACUGACCACCAGUUCUAGAGGGUCCACCUCGGCAAAAGACUGCAUCGACCCUGAGGCGGGAGGAUCCGAAGCUAAUACGGCGCUGACAACCGGCAUCACGGCGGCCUCAUCAAUAGCCGGCAUCAUCGCCCUGCUGUUCUUCGUGGCGGUGUUCUUCAUCCUCUGCAGGAGGCGUCGACGUGGACAGCGAUCACGAUCCAACUCCACCACUUCGACGGACACUUUGAAAAUCCCCCGACCUUUUGUUUCAUACGGACCCUUCAUGAACUCCGAGAUACUCGCAGACACACAAUAUGAGUUCAACAAUUACAGCUACAGAAGCAAAAGCCAUGCUUAGCGGUCUGCGAGAGGAUUUGACGCGACCUUAUCUGCUCUUGAACCUAAGGGCGAAGUCAGGGCGAGAUUUUUCGACAUCAGCGUGGGGAACGUUUAUUCAGAACUGGGAUGGACACUACCCAUUUCGAUACCCGAGUUUUCGUAUUUGGGAUGUUGAUCAUGAUCAUUGAGUGUUGUUGUGAAACAACUCAUUUUGAAACAACAAUACUCAACUCAAAUCUAUGCACAUCUUGGAUCGCACGUCCAUUACUUCUUUAAGCCCAUUUCUGGUGUCCCCCGCCGUGAUAUUGCUGGAAUAUUGCUAAAAGCGGCGUAAAACUUAACUCAGUCAGUCAGUCCAUUACUUCUAACUUUAAAAUGGCGGUGGGGGCGGUUAUGAAUAUUUAUGAAUUCACGACAACAUUAAAUAUAUUGCGCACACUUGUAUUAUUGUGAAUGUGACACUAUGCAUCAGGGGUAGGCGCUGAGUUGUGACCCUUUGUCGUGCAGGAUCCAGUCAUCUUGGAGUCGAUUCACAGAACCACCUUGAUGGUGGUUGACAGUACUGUACAACUUGUGGUGCCGUUGGUGUGAAAAAAAUGAGAGAAUGGUGUCGUAUGGGCAUGGUAGAGUUUGUUGAAAUCCAAAGUAGUGCAGUAAUAGAAGUAUUUCUUGCUAGUGAGACAGUUUAUGUUGACGUUCCGAGACUGUCUUGUUGGCGUCAUUUUGUCAAGCUCUGCUAAAUACUCGGGAUGUCCCAAAAGGAAUCCUCUAUUCCUGUAUCACGUCAUUCAUGUGUCGAAACUGACCUACAAACGAAAGUGUUUCGCAACAUGUACACGUUUGUUUGUGACAUCGAAGUUACACUCAAAACAUUUUUUAUAAAUAUUUACGUUGUUUUGUGCAAAAUAACCUCAAAGUGUCAGGUGUAUAGUUUCUUCUGCACGUCAGUGUAUAUUUAGAUUCAUUCUAGUUGCACGUCUCUCAAGACGUUUUGAAAUAUGUUUACCCUGAAGAAGUAGAGGUAAAUACCAGUACACCUAUUCGACUAUUGACGGAGAAAUCCAACUGAACUGGGGUAAAAAAGAAACUAUACCUCUUAAUUGAUAUUGCUGCAUGAAUUGAUGUACACAAAACAUGACUGUACUAGCUUGCUCAGCGAGUAGUUUCAUUUAAACUUUCGCAUAACACGUAAAUACUCAAGGGAAUUUUGGACACCUUAUCUUUGAGUGCAAAUUGGCAUUUUGGAACAACGUUACAUCUCAGACGAGGUAGGAAUAUAUGGUUAUACAUCUAUUUCAUGUCUAGAACUUUAUGGAUCAAGAUUAUUUUGCUCAAAGUUACAGGACCAUAGAUAAAGAUUUACAAAAUGAGUUAUGGUAAACUGGCAUUACAAAAUGUAAUACAGUUCUUUCUACGUUUGCAUAAAAGUAAACUCGGCAUAUUUUCUCAGCCCAUCUGCACAUCAUGUAUUAUAUGGUAUUUAUACUUAUUCUAAUAAACCUAUUUGUACAGAUA